AUGAAAUUCGGACUCGAAAAUAAAAUCGUUCUCGUCUCUGGCGGCUCUAGUGGAAUUGGAAAGGCCAUCGCCAUUGACUUCAUGAAGGAAGGCGCCUCCGUAAUGAUUACGGCCCGUCGCGUUGGUCCCCUCCAAGAUACCGUCCAUGAACUCCAAUCUCUGAAUAGUGGAAGAGUCAGCUACGUCUCGGCAGACAUGACCCUGGAGGCCGACGUUAACGCAGCCGUGGCCAAGACGGAGGGGGUCUUUGGGACGGUACCAGAUGUCGUCGUUUGUAAUGUGAGGUCAUUGAUCAGGUUUAGUUUCGACGAUGCCAGUGUGGAGGAUUUCAAGACAAGCUCGGAUCAAUGUGUCCUGAGCGUCGUUCAUCUAGCCAAGGCUGUCCUGCCUACUUGGAAGGAGAAGAGAUGGGGGAGGUUUAUUAACUUGGGCAGUGUUUGCACCUUGGAGCCGCACAGAUGGCAUCACAUUAUCUUAGGAAAUACGUUCCGGCUGGCUGCUGUCGGCCUCAUGCGAUCCCUCUCAAAUGAGUUCUCGUCCUUCAAUAUCACCUUCAACACUAUUGCAAUCGGUCUUAUUGACACCGAGGUGAGCGAGAAGAUUGCUAUUCAGGGUGAUAAGCUCGCACGGAUUCAACCAGAGCCGCAACCCGCAAUCUCAAUAAAACGCCCGGGGAGACCAGACGAGGUGGCGGCUCAGGUCGUCUUUCUGGCCUCUGACCGGGCCAGUUAUAUCACUGGUCAAAAUAUUGUGGUAGAUGGAGGGUGGACUCGUUGUAUUUGA